GAACACCCAGGAAACCAAAACUCGUUUCCCCUCUCUCUCUCUCUCUUUCGUUCUCUCUCUUGUUCUUCGUUUCUCAGAUUUUUCCUCCUCAUCUCCUCUGUGAUUCAAACUUGGGCUAUAAAUCUUUUAUAGAAACCCUAAUCAUAUUGUUUAAUCGGCUGAAUUUGAUUAUAAAAAGGUUGGUAUUCGUCUGCAAAUAUCAAAAUUGCUCUUUAGAAACGCAGCUCGACGGGUAUGGCUAGACCGCUGAGUAGCACGAGGGUAUUAGAAUCUUCCAGCGCCACUGCAACCACUACCAUUACUAUAGAAGAACCCUCUCCUUCAGAAUCAUCUCAGCGACCUCAACAGCAAACCCUAGUUCUUCGCCUCGCCCGGCGACCUGUGACGAAGAAGAAAAAGAAGGUUACAUGGAAGGAAGGUACCGUCGAUAAUGAAUUCCUCAAUAAGAAAAGCUCCAAAAAGUGUUGCAUCUUCCACAAGGAAAAGCCUUUCGACGACGAUGAUAGCGACGAGGACGACAACAAUGACCGAUCGAAGAAGGCAGAUGAUGCCCACCAUGCCAACGGACACGGAGGAGGUUGUUGUUCUCACGAUGAAGAGGCGAGUUCGAGCGGUGGGCAUUGAUUGUUUCGUCUCUUCAUAAUCAUCUGGCAUAGUAAGCUCAGACAUUUGUUUUUCUUAUUUAGACAUAUUUUCUGUUCUUAAAGAAAUACUUUUUGUGAGAAGAUGAUUUUGAUCAGAUUGCUUCAAUCUUGCUGUAAUGAGUUGUGAUUUCUGGAGAUGUAAUGUCCAAUCUAUGUGUUUGUUUGUGAUGUCUUUGAAUGUAAAAUGUAAAGCCGAACAUGAACACUUACAUGUGAACUUUGUCGAUUUUCCCUGCACAGUAACUAUGGUUAGGACCAUUUCUGA